UCACGAGUCCCUCUUCCUCUCCUUUCCCAAGAGGGGCUCCUCCCUGUCACCUAUUUUUUUUCUGCCUCGUAUCGGUUACCAGCGUCGCCUGCCAUCGUCUCUCCUCUCUCGCGAUCGCGAGGGGUAUUGGUGUUCUAAUUCUCCGUCUCUCUCGCUUUGGCGCACUCCAUGGAGGCUGGCGAUUCUGGGUUGCUUGCCGGGGCGGAGAUCCACGGCUUUCGUACUGUCGCAGAUUUGGAUAUAGAGAAAUUAUUUGAAGAUGCCUCAACAAGAUGGUUUCGCCCCAAUGAAGUCCAUGCAAUAUUGUCGAACUACACUCUUUUUAAAAUACAACCCCAACCUAUUGAUAAUCCAACAAGUGGCAGGGUAUUGUUAUUUGACCGUAAAAUGCUGAGAAACUUCCGUAAAGAUGGCCACAAUUGGAAGAAGAAAAAGGAUGGAAAGACAGUUCAAGAAGCUCAUGAAAAACUGAAAAUCGGUAAUGAAGAUAGAAUCCAUGUUUAUUAUGCACGCAGCGAAUAUGAUCCUAACUUCUACCGUAGGUGCUACUGGCUACUAGAUAAGAAUUUGGAGCGCAUUGUUCUUGUACAUUAUCGUCAAACAUCAGAGGAUAAUGUGUUUCAACAUAUUCCUGCAUCAGUGGAAUGUCCAGAGGCUUUAUCCUUGAAGAACAGGUUGCACAUUGAUUCUCCAUCUACACCAAUGCAUUCAGCUAGUGGUUCUGCUCACUCGGAGGUGUUAGGAUCUGCAGUUAUUUCAGAGGAAAUUAACUCUGGAGAAUACCAUGUCAGCUGCACUAGUGAGACAAAACCAGUCUACUGUUCUGGAAUAUCAGGGCUAAAUAAUUCGACCGAAUUUCAGAAUCAUGAGUUGAGUCUUCAUGAGAUCAAUACAUUGGAAUGGGAAGAACUUGUUGGAUCUAAUGUACAAAAUCGUGCAGCUAUAAAUAGGGAUGGUGAUGCUUCAUCCUGUGACCAACAAAGGAGUGGGUUCAAAAACUCCAUGAAUAAUGGUUGCUUUCUUCCAUCAAAUGGUGUUGCUGCCGUAUUAUCUUCUCAUUGUCCAUCUAAUGUUAAAUCUGGUAAUGACUGUGGUAUUGACCAAUCAAAUGGUGGCUAUCUUCAAGCAGCUAAAGAUCAAGAUAUCACACCAGCGUCAUUCAGGGCAGAGAAUCUAACUCAAGUUGGAGAAUUUGACAUGAAUGAUAUGGUUCUCAGCGAAAACACGACUACAUGUACAAAUGAUAUCCUUCUUGGUGAGAACAGUUUUGGAAGCUGGAACUACAUAAAUGAUUAUUCUCUUGGUUCAUUAGAUGAUCGUCAGCUUCUGGCUUCAAGUUCAAGGGGUGAUGAGGCUAUGGCAACAUCAAUGGGAGAUCAUGUUUUCAAUAUAACUGAAAUCUCGCCUGGGUGGUCUUAUUCUACAGAGGAAACCAAGGUCGUGGUGGUUGGACAUUUUUGUGAAUCCAAGAAGCACCUAAUGUCAUCCAGCAUCUAUUGUGUCGUCGGUGAGAUAUGUGUCAAAGCUGAGAUGGUUCAACCAGGUAUCUAUCGGUGCAAGGUGUCCCCACAGCCACCUGGUCUAGUUAAUCUUUACUUGACAAUGGAUGGUCAUACACCAGUUAGCCAAGUUUUGAGUUUUGAUUAUCGAUGUUCACCAAAUAUUCAAUUGGAUGGUCAGAUCUUUCCUUCUGAAGAUGACAGAAACAAAUUAAAGUGGGAAGAUUACCAGGUGCAGAAGAGACUUGCUCAUUUGCUCUUUGCUACCUCCAACAAUACAUCUAUUUUAUCUAGCAGGAUACCAUUGAAAUCUCUCAAUGAAGCAAAAAGAUUUGCAAUGCUCACCUCUUCAUUGAUUGAAAAAGAUUGGACGAAUUUUUUAAAAUUGGAUAGCACCAAUAAGUUUUCAUCUGCAUCAACUAGAGAAAAUUUACUUGAGCUGGUUUUAAGGAAUAAGUUACAAGAGUGGCUUUUGGUAAAGGUAGCUGAAGGUUGUGAAACACCUGGCCAUGACAGUCAAGGUCAUGGAGUCAUACAUUUAUGUGCUAUUCUAAAUUAUGCAUGGGCAGUUCGUCUAUAUUCCUUGUCAGGCUUGUCCUUGGACUUCCGAGAUAUUCAUGGCUGGACAGCAUUACAUUGGGCUGCAUAUUGUGGAAGGGAAAAAAUGGUCGCUACACUUUUGUCUGCCGGAGCAAAUCCUAGCUUGGUUACAGAUCCUACUUCUGAAACCCGUGGGGGAUGCAUUGCUGCUGAUCUGGCAUCAAAACAAGGUUAUGAAGGCUUGGCAGCAUAUCUUGCAGAGAAAGGACUAACUGCACAUUUUCAGGCUAUGACAUUGUCUGGGAAUAUAACUAAACAUGGAAUGCCUACAACAAAUACCUUAGCUGACUCCGAAAAUGUGUACCCUCACAAAUUUAGUGAGCAAGAACUUUGCCUGAAAGAAUCAUUAGCUGCAUACAGGAAUGCUGCUGAUGCAGCAGAUCAUAUACAAUCGGCAAUAAGGGAGCGUGCUCUAAAGCUACAAACUAAAGCAGUCCAGUUGGUCAAACCUGAGAUGGAAGCAUCCCAGAUAGUUGCGGCUCUGAAGAUUCAGCAUGCCUUCCGCAACCAUAACAGAUGGAAGUUGAUGAAGGCUGCUGCACGAAUACAAAGUCAUUUCCACACCUGGAAAAUCCGGAGGGAUUUUGUCAACAUGCGUAAAAAAGCUAUCAAGAUUCAAGCUGCAUUUCGAGGUCAUCGAGUGAGGAAGCAAUACCGCAAAAUUGUUUGGUCAGUCGGAGUACUUGAGAAAGCACUACUUCGUUGGCGGUUGAAGAGAAAAGGUUUACGUGGCGUUCAAGUCAAAACCACAAAAACAAUGAAUAUGACACCGGAAAGUACCGGAGAGGAGGAAUUUUAUCGAAUUAGUAGGGUGCAAGCUGAAGAACGGAUGCAGAGAUCAGUCGUACGGGUUCAAGCGAUGUUUCGUUCAUAUCGAGCACAGCAAGAAUAUCGAAGGAUGAAAAUGGCACAUGAGCAAGCAAAGCUGGAGUUCUGUGACAUGGGUCAACUUCAGUAGUAUUUUCUGAGUCUCCAAGAACAGAAGCUUUCACAACUUAAAAUCUUGAUUCUGUAUGGAUAAAUAGGUGUAUAUAGAAUUUUUUUUUUCUGUACCAGUCAAAGUGGAAACUAGCGUUGUUCCUUCUGAUUAAGCUAUCUGAACCAUUGAAACUUGCAUGAAAUUUCUGCUCCUGUACAUGGUGAUUGAAAGAGCUCUGCCAUCGGCUGUGAAGAUUGAAGGUCACAGCAGAAGCAGAUUUUUGGUGUUACCUAAUUGGGCGGUGUCGUGAUAUGCUGUAACAGAGUGUUCUCAACUCCCAAGUUGAGAGCAUCAAUGUAUGUUAGCCUACACAAUAUAUUAUUUUAUUUGUUAAGAUAUCCUGUUUUAUUAUUCUAA